AGCAACGACGACCCAAUGGCGGAGGAGAAAUACGGUUUUUUGGCCCAUGUCUUCUUUGGUAUCAUUUCAGUACUUGCAUUUGUUGGUAAUUUUUUGAUUUGUGUUGUCAUUCUACGAAAAAAACGACUCCUUACAAAGCAGUAUAAUAUUUUGAUCCUAAACUUAGCUGUGACCGACCUACUWACAGCUAUCUUCCUGGCAGCCACUCCAGACUUUGUCAUACCAGACCACCUCUUUCAUGUCCCUGUGAAUAUCGGAGGUGAACUGUUCUGCCGUCURAUUGGCUCAACCUAUGUAUUGUUUACAUUCGGAAAAGCUUCGACUUUGACUGUCAUGUGCAUGGCCGUGGAGCGCUGGUACGCAGUGGUUAAGCCAAUGAGAUACAAGGUUACAUUUCGUAAAACAAGGCUUGGAUUUUAUAUUUUCAUAGUGUGGUUGUUCAGCUGCUCGACUCAGAUAAACGAACUCUUUCAAGUCACCGCCCGCGAUARCCWUUGCAAGMGUACCACUCCACCGUAUGGGAUGGAGAUCUCCCAGAUUCUCACUCUGUUCCACAUCGCUAUGACGUUUUACAUUCCUAGCAUAGUCACGUGGAUGACGUUUACUGACGUAUGGAAGAGCAUGCGCAGAAGGAGGAAGAUUAAUGCUCACAAUGUUACUAACAGUUUUGGGGUGGCGAAAAGGCGCAUAGUGCGCAUGUGCGCCAUUACUGCGUUUCUUUUGACACUUUGUUGGUUUCCAGCGGAAACGUUUUUCAUCUUGUUGACAUUUAAAACUCUUAUCCUACCGCAUAGUUUCUACCAGUUUACAGUGAUUCUAGCCAUGUUCAACUCGUGUGUCAACCCAGUCAUCUACUGCUUAAGUAACAAAGAAUACCGAAGAGAUUUCCUCGAAAUGUUUUAUCACUGUGACCGAGUGGAGGUACUGGGGACUGCGAACCAAUGUAACCGGAAGUCGUUCAGUAUGCGCAGCUACCGSAAGUCGAUUGGUGGAGAAAGUUYAGAGACAUCAGUAGGCAUGCGCAGGAAUAGUGAAAGGACUGACUUAGCAACUCACAGGAAGUSUCGAACUGCUGUGGUGCUUAUGCCGUGUUUUCUAGAUGUUGAGRGAACUAAACAUGGCAUACCGACAAGCACCAAAAAACUAUGAAUUACAAAUGACGUCAUUCCCGUGCUCUGGUGGAAWUUUUAUCAGCUAAAUGGCUGACAAAUACUGUCUGUUUGUCUGUCAUUGUAGGCUGACAAUAAGAUUCAUAACAAUAUAAUCAUUCAGCUGAUUUAUACCCAGCAUUAGCCGAAUCCUCUUUGGUUUAUAGCACCAUUAACUAUGAUAGAACAAGAAGGGCAGUGUUUGCCUGUCACUGAAAAGUAAGAUUCAUGAGAUUCAUUCARCUGACUGAUAAACAGCAGUGGCGGAACCAGGAUUUUUCAAAGGGGGCUUCCGUUUCUUAAACUGUGUAUAAUUCUC